UAAGAUCCGAAUCUGCUCAUCAGAACAUUCCAUGCAAGUGGCUGAUCAACGGCUCUAAACCCCUCGCUCAAUGCCUCCCAAAAGUUCCCCUGAUGGCAUCAUUCGAGCAUCCAAAAUAGCACCCUCUCCUUUUAAUCGGGAAAAGGAAGUCAUUUUUCGCCAACUCAUACUAUUCUCUCUUCCCCGUCUUUGCCUGCCGCCUCUAUCUCUCCCCCUCUCUCUCUCUCUCCCGUUGAUUUUCCGGAAAAUAGAUUUUCCGGCGACAUUUCAAGAAUUCAGCACUUGAGUUUUCUUGGAUUCUUGAUUUGCUUUGUUGUUUGUAUUAUAAUAUCUAUUGCUGGGUCUCUUUCUUUUGACUUGUCGGAAAAGUUAUAUAACUUGAUUUAUUUAUAAUCUCUUUUUCAUACCCUGUUUCUCAUUCAUUUCUCGACUACUUUACCUGUUUUAAAAUUUCCAUCUUUUUUCGUUUGAUCUUAACAAUUUGCAAGAAUUCUUUUAAAGAAAUCUUGCACCUGUGUUUAUAGAUAUGGUGAUGGCUGUGUCACCAAGGAAAUCGAUAAAUAAGGUGUUUGAGAGGGUUGGGGUGUAUGGUUUUGGAGGGAGCAACCAAAAGAGGUGCAAAUAUGCAAUUGAAGAUGAAGAUGAGACCAUGGAAAUGGAGCAGAUUGGCGCUGAAAGGACAAAAAAUGUGCUGAUUCUGAUGAGCGAUACUGGUGGCGGUCACCGUGCAUCGGCGGAGGCAAUUCGAGACGCAUUCCAGCUGGAAUAUGGGGAUGAAUAUAGGAUUUUUGUAAAGGAUGUUUGGAAGGAGUACACUGGCUGGCCGCUGAAUAAUAUGGAAAACCAGUACAAGUUCAUGGUUAAACAUGUGCAGCUUUGGAAGGUUGCAUUUCAUAGCACCUCUCCUAAAUGGAUACACUCUGCCUAUCUUGCAGCCAUUGCCGCCUUUUACGCAAAGGAGGUUGAGGCUGGCCUAAUGAAGUACAAACCUGAUAUCAUCAUCAGCGUCCAUCCUCUUAUGCAGCAUAUUCCAUUGUGGGUACUGAGAUGGCAAGGAUUACAGAAGAAAGUCAUUUUUGUUACGGUCAUUACAGAUCUCAACACAUGCCACCGCACAUGGUUUCAUCCAUCUGUCAAUCGAUUGUACUGCCCCUCACAGAAGGUAGCUGAUAGAGCUUCACUAGAUGGACUCCAUCAAUCUCAAAUUCGUGUUUUUGGUUUGCCCAUCCGACCUUCUUUUGUUCAGGCGGCUCUCUCCAAGGAUGAUUUAAGAGUUGAACUCGAGAUGAAUCUAAACUUGCCAGCCGUCCUGCUAAUGGGAGGUGGCGAAGGGAUGGGCCCUGUAAGGAAAACGGCCGAAGCUUUGGAAGAAUCUCUCUAUGAUAAAGAACUCAGGAAGCCAAUAGGGCAAUUAAUUAUCAUCUGUGGCCGCAAUGAGGCGCUAGCCUCCACAUUGAAAUCACUUGAAUGGAAAAUCCCUGUCAAGGUUAGAGGGUUCGAGAAACAAAUGGAGAAAUGGAUGGGUGCUUGCGACUGUAUUAUCACAAAAGCUGGACCGGGUACCAUCGCGGAAGCAUUGAUAAGAGGACUUCCGAUUAUUCUGAACGAUUACAUUCCCGGACAAGAAAAGGGAAACGUUCCAUAUGUAGUUGACAAUGGAGCAGGAGUAUUCACCAGAAGUCCUAAUGAAACCGCUCGACUAGUGGCAGAGUGGUUUAGCACAAAGACGGAUGAGCUCAAAAGAAUGUCAGAAAACGCCCUAAAACUCGCCCAACCAAAUGCAGUGUUCGACAUUGUGAAGGACAUUCACGAACUAGCCUGCCAACGAGGUCCCCUCGCGAACAUCCCUUAUGUUAUGACGUCUUCAUUUUCGAGCUUAAUUUACUAAUAAACAUUCAAAUUCUUCGGGAGGACUAAGGUUUGCCCUCAAGUAGGAUGCCAUCCAUAGAUAUCUAGCUUUCGUGAUAUUAUUCUUUGGCUUCAGCAGAUGCUCAAGUUGUAACUAUUUCAUUAGAUAAACUCUCUCAAUGCUUUAGUCGAAACUUGAAAGAAAGAAUUGUCUCGUGUUGGGAUCUCGGAUUUCUGGUGAUCUCCUUUUUUUUUUUUUUAUUGCUGCCUAAUUAUAUGUUGUCUUGGUUUCUAAUUAUAUGUUGUCUUGGUGUCUUUGUAACUUUACUUUGAAAUGACCUUAUCUGUUGCAUAUUGAA